UUAUAAAUACCCUAACAGCUGCACACACCCACACAGCCAAACCCUUACAUCUCAAGUUAAUUAAGAAAAUCUUUAUUCAAUAUGAACGGCAUGAGUGGAUCUUCUUCGUCGGCUCCUGCACCUUCACCGUCAGCGUUCUUUCAACAUCACCGCCGUCAUCGCGGUGGCAUGAUGCACAUGACUUUCUUUUGGGGGAAAAACACGGAGGUUCUAUUCGAUGGCUGGCCAGGGACCAAUCUGACCAUGUAUUGGGCAUGCCUGGCCACCAUUUUCGUAUUUUCAGCAUUGUCGGAGUGGAUUUCGCGGUGCGGGGUCAUGAAAGCCGGUCCGGCUAGCUUUGGCAGCGGGAUAGUUCAGACGGUGGUUUACACCGUGAGGGCUGGUUUGUCUUAUUUGAUCAUGUUGGCUGUGAUGUCAUUCAAUGGAGGAGUCUUCUUGGCUGCAAUGGCUGGCUUUGGCUUAGGGUUUAUGAUUUUUGGAAGUAGGGCUUUUAGGGAAACUGGUAGUAAUCACAAUCACACGGAGGUUCAAUCACAUUGUUAACUCCCUGUGACAUCCAAUAAUAAUGAAAAUAAAAUCACAUUCUGGGAA